AUGAGUGAUGUGGUGGUGAACGGUAUGGUGGUGAACGGUAUGGUGGUGAACGGUAUGGUGUUGAACGGAAUGGUGGUGAACGGUAUGGUGGUGAACGGUAUGGUGUUGAGCGGAAUGGUGGUGAACGGUAUGGUGGUGAACGGUAUGGUGGUGAACGGUAUGGUGGUUAAUGGUAUGGUGGUGAACGGUAUGGUGGUGAACGGUAUGGUGGUUAAUGGUAUGGUGGUGAACGGUAUGGUGGUGAACGGUAUGGUGGUGACUGGGGUGGUGAUGAGUGAUGUGGUAGGUACUGCUGUGCGGGCAAUUGAUGUGUUGGUGACGGCUCUAACAGUGGUCUUAUUAUUGUCUCGGGAACAUCUAGACCUUGAGAUGUUGUCUUCCCAGUGA